AUGUUGGCUCUAUUCAUCGCAGCCUGCGCUGUGUGGCUUCAACUUGGCCUCGCUCAGAGCUCUGGCUCGUGUCCAGCAGUGACGCAGCACCUGACAGACCCUCCUUACGAGAAUUUCUUCUACUCUGACUGCAAUAGUGAUACACAAGUUGUGGUUACCAGUCCGCUACCUGACUCGAAUCUAUCCAUCAUCGGCCCUCGACUCGUCGUUGCUUGGCCCGCAGGCAACAGUGGCAUCUGUACCUUCUUCCAGCCACAGAAUGGUGCAAAUGGUUCGCUAGCUAUUGAACUCGUCAAUUCCACAAUUGGCACUCCCUUGGCUCCGGUAUUCAGAAAUGCGUCUGAUUCCGACUACCCAGUCGUUGGAGUGCAGGGAGUACUUGCAUUCAACAGCUCUGCGACACUAACCAUCCCAAUUUUGGGUAGCAUCAGAACGAUUCGCGAUUUUACCGAGGGGCCCAGUCUGCUGAGACCAGUGAUCCAAGAUGCUGUCAACGUUACCCGCUUCAAUGGCACAGGGGCCUCUUUCUCAAGACUGUGGCUCGACAACGUAACCACUACUACUUUCACAAUGAUGCCGUCCAGUAACACUCAGACGAACAUCACCAUCGACUCUCGCAACAAGACUAUUUCAUUUGGUGCCGGGUUCUACAUAUUCUCUGCGAGUUUCAACUAUCCCCAACUCACCCAACUUGCCCCGGAUCAGGUUCUGAAUACCGCUUCACAGUCACUUAUCGAGCAGCAGCCUGAUCAAACCACUUCUUUGUCUUUCUUGUCUUACACGGAAAAGCUGCUUGCCGGAGCAUGGCGAUUUCUGACUUAUUUUGGUCGAGAUAGCAUGAUCAGUGCGCUCCUUCUGGAACCAGUGCUGUCUCAAGGCAAUGGCUCAGCCACAGAGGCUGUGAUUGGCGCCGUUCUGGAACGUAUCAAUCGUACUGACGGCUCAGUCUGCCACGAAGAGACCAUUGGCGAUUACGCGACAUAUCUGAAUCUUGAGGAGAACAUUACCAGCACUGAUCCAGGUUUCACAUAUCCUAUGAUUGAUACCGACUUCUAUCUACCAGUCUUGAUGCAACAAUAUUUCAACAGCAGCCCUGAUCGUGUCCAGCCCCUCUUGUCUCGAAAAGCAGGAACUGUCGACCCUGAGAACGCAAAUUUGACAUAUGCGAAUCUUACACUGAUCAACGCUGAGAAGAUCAUGAAUAUCACCGCUCCAUUUGCUCGAAACCAAACCAUCGGAAAUCUCCUUCAUCUCAAAGAGGGUGAAAUUGUCGGGCAAUGGCGAGAUUCAACAUAUGGCUUGGGAGGUGGCCAGAUCCCAUUUGAUGUCAACACCGCGCUCGUCCCAGCUGCCCUCCGUGCUAUCGCACAAUUGGCACGCUCGGGCGUUUAUCCAAAUAAUACCCGAGUGAACACGACUGCAUGGAGAACUCUAGCCGACACCAAUGCUCAAGUUUGGGAGGAGAAGACCCUCCAAUUUUUCGAGAGCAACAUCACAGCCGACGAAGCAAGAGAUCGGCUCCAAAACUUUGUGGACACUGCGACCUUCUUCAACGGACCCACCAACGAUUCUUCUCUACCAGAAGACGGCAACAUCACUUCCUAUGCGAUCGCGCUGCAAGGCUACAACAACCUCUCAUCCGUGGACGUUCUCCACAGCGACACUGCAUUCCGUCUUUUCUUCCUGAAUGCAUCAUCGUCGAGUCCGGAAGCCGAGGCGCAAGAAACACGUUUCAUCAAUGCAACAGCCGACAGCCUUGUCAGACCAUUCCCAGCAGGCUUGCUGACACCACAGAGUAUGGUUGUUGCAAAUCCAGCACUAUCCGGCUCGGAUGUCCUCACGGAGAACUUCACCAACGCCGCCUACCACGGAACUGUGGUCUGGUCGUUCCAAUUAGCCAUGAUGGCCAAGGGUCUCGAAAGACAACUUGCGAGGUGCAACUCCACGAAAUACGUCGCGCCCAAUACAACCCAGGUCCCACAGUGGUGCGACGAUGAGACCGUCGAACCGAACGUUCGCCGCGCUUAUAACGCUCUCUGGGACAGCAUAGAGAAUAACGCUGCCCAGCUGCAGAGUGAAGUGUGGAGCUGGACUUACAACAAUGAUACUGAUACCUACACUACCACACCCCUUGGAGCGCUGCCGCCUCCACCGGGGGUGAGCUCGGGAACGGAAAGUAACGUUCGUCAGUUAUGGAGUCUGACUUUCUUGUCGGUAACGAGAGAUGCUAGUCUGGCGAAUGAUGAUUCUUAG